GAGCUGGGAAAUGUGUAGGAAGUGCGACGAAACACGCGAGCAGGAUUUCAGAUACAGCAUCUACCGCAAACACAGGCAUUUGCAUCCUCCGAUAUAGGGCUCGGAACACCUACUCCGGUCAGCGAGCAAUGUCCCACAUGGCUUCGGAGCCGCCUCGGUGGCAAAAAUUUUCAGCCCCGUUUCAACGGUCACACCAGCCAUGCGUCACGGCACGAAACAGUGACAACAGUCACGCUGCGCAGACCGCUGUGGAGUCAGAAUUGUACCUGCAGAGAAAAACGUGUUUAUGACGGAAUGCCCGCCGGAAUGCUUCCACGCGCGUCCAGGCUCGGUCAGCCGGUUUACGCCGACGCCGGGAGUGGGGGUUCCAGCUCGUAUUACUCGAGAUUUACUCGAUGCGAAGGACAUCCUCGCUGUGCGUUUGGGCGAGGAGUUGCUUUGCUUCCACAUGACUCUGGGGCGAUUAUACCCGGGUCUGGAGGCCGGCAGAGAAGGGUGUGGACUCUCGUUACAAAGAGGAAGACCAGAUGUUCCUGUGGGAUGGAGGCGGUGAGGGGAGAGGUGAGAGGAGGGGUGAGAGGCGAGGGUGGAAGAGGCAUUGAAGAUUCAACAACUGAUGACAUUUACGAAGCACGGCAUUGCGAGCGAGCGUUGCAUGAUGGAGGACGGUCAAGCGCUGACCGCUUUGCACUCCUCCUUCUUUUGAUCCGGUUUUGCAUGCCUACGGGCGUCUUUCACUGCAUAUACCCACAACUUUCUAUUACAUACAUACCAGCACAAACGUCAAAAACACCGAAUACAAUCUAUCAAUAUGAAUCGAGCUCCUCCCCCAACGAAAUCGGAGACGUGCAACUCCAACAACAUCCGCCCUGGCUCGGUCGCUCGCACACACUCAAAUAGCUACAAGGUACCGCCAGGCGAUCAGACGCUGCUCCACCCGUCCACGCAGCCUCUCCACCGCUGCUCGGCCCGUCUCGACGCAAGCAAACGGGGCACGAUAUCGUGUUGUGUGGACACGCACGAUAGCCGCACAGACGAGCAGAAGAGAAGACAA